AUGGAGAUGACCCCGAUGGAAGACACGCCGCUGCUGCCGCGGCGCGCGCAACCACCGAGAGCCUACCGCACAUGGCAUCGCACUCUCGUUGCGCUUGCCAUCGCAGCUGCCGUGGGCCUCUGCCUCACAGCGCUGACGCCCGCCGAGCCAACGCUGACCACGGCCGCGAUCGAGUACGAUGUCAUUAUCGUUGGUGCGGGCCCAGCGGGCUCCGUCCUCGCGAGCAAGCUCGUCCAGGCGACCAACUGGAGCGUUUUGCUCUUGGAAGCCGGCGACGCGUCCCAGCGCGAGCUCGGCGGCGAGACUUUUAUCUCGUUUGAGGGAAAAGACAUGCCGUACACGCCGUUCGACGUGCCAUACUACUGGAGCGACGUCUCGCGCAUGGCGAGCUUCCACUGGGCCGUGCCCGGCGUGUUCGUCGCCAAGGCGCUCGGCGGCUGCGGCAUUCACAACGCCAUGCUUUAUGUGCGCGCGCUGCCCAGUGACAUUGCUGCGUGGGGCCUCGCGCCGACGUGGACAUGGGCGACCGCGCUCGCCAUUUACUUGGCGACCGAGGCCUUUGACGGACCAAGCGUGGCGCAUCACGGCUACAAUGGCAUUGUCCAAACUAGCGCGCCGACGCAGAUUGACGGUCUCUCGAACCAGUUCCUUGCUGCCUGCGCUGAACGAGGAAUCCCAGCGUCGAGCGACUUUAACGCACCCGACCAACGUCUUGGCGCCGGCAUCUACCACUUUAACAUUCGGCACGGCAUGCGCGAAAGUGCCGCUAAGGCAUUCCUGGGACCGUUUAUCAACAAGAAGCUCGACGCAGCGACGCAAGCGCGUUUGCAUUUGCGUCUCAAUACGACGGUCGAGCGGGUUGCGCUGCAGGACGGUGUCGCCCGCGGCGUCCACGUCCGCGCCGCCCAUGGCGACCUCCAGUUCAUUGCAAGCAAGCGCGGCGUCGUGCUCACGGCUGGCGCGAUUCACACCCCCAAGCUGCUCACGCUCUCAGGGAUUGCGCCCAAAGACGUGCUGCGUGACCUCGGUAUUCCCGUGGCGGUCGAUUUGCCGCUCGUGGGUCGCAACCUCCAAGACCACCCUGCGAUCGCCUUGACGUAUACGGCGAGCCAUCCGCUCAACAUCAACAUGACGUACCACGGCGCUAGCGUGCUUGGGUGCUUCUGUAUGUAUGACGUGAGUAGGAUGGCGUGGGACGACUACUUGGCGCAGCGAGGCGGCUGGCUCAGCACAACGGGGCUCUCGGUCGGCGCCUUUUUUGCGACGCCGGGAAGCACGGUGCCCGACCUGCAGCUGACGUUUUUCCCGCGCAAGUCGGAGCCGCAGUGGGCCACGACGCCGGGCGACGAAGUUCUUUUCACGAUCGCACUCUUGACGCCCGAAGCGCGCAACCAGGUCGUGGUCACGUCGCGCAACGCGUCCGUAGCCUGCCACGUCACGAGCGAGAUCCCCGAAGCGGCGAGCGAGCACCUGAGCGAGGUCGACGCGCGCAAGUUGCUCUUCGGCAUUGCCAUCGUCCGCGACUUGGUGCAAGCCCCAGCCCUGGCGCCGCUGCUCGGGGGCGAGAGCAUGCCGGGCGCCGCGCUUGCCUCGGACGACGCGCUCUUGGCGCGGGUCUUUGCCAACGUGUACCGCAACUCGCAUUGGUACAGGGCUGUUGAUGUCCGAACUCACGAUGGAGGUUAGGGUCGGGAGUGCCAAGAUGGGGUCGAGCCCGACCAACAGCGUUGUUUCGGCGUCGCUUCGUGUCUGGAACACGACCAACCUCUUUGUCGCUGACGCAUCUGUGAUUCCCGUGAUUCCCAACGGCAACGUCCACUCGACGGUCGUCAUGGUGGCGACCCAUGCCGCGACGCUCGUGGCUGCGACCUUGGCCGACCAGGCGACCGUUGCCUAGUGCCAAGACUACUAUGCGCUUGAAUACCUACACAUGUUGUGUGUUCGACGCCCUGUUGUGCUAGUCGCAGUGCUGUGACAGAGUACAAUAUAAGAGUUAAGUCAUUUAUUGAUCUUGUAUAUCGCAACA